AUGUACCUGAUCACUGUGUUUGGAAACCUGCUCCUCAUCCUGGCCGUCAGCUCUGACUCCCACCUCCACACCCCCAUGUACUUCUUCCUCGCCAACCUGUCCUUUGUAGACAUCUGUUUCACCUCCACCACUGUCCCCAAGAUGCUGUGGAACAUCCAGACUCAGAGCAAAGUGAUCACUUAUGAAGGCUGCCUAAGCCAGAUGUUUUUUUUCAUACUCUUUGCAGGAUUAGAUUUCUUUCUCUUGACUGUGAUGGCCUAUGACCGCUUUGUGGCCAUCUGUCACCCCCUGCACUACAUGGUCACCAUGAACCCCUGGCUCUGUGGAUUAAUGGUUCUGGUGUCCUGGCUCUCGGUUGUCUCCUUAUUUUAUUGUACGAGCCUAGGAGUGUACCUUAGCUCUGCUGUUACCCAGAGCUCCCAUGCAAGUGCAGUGGCCUCGGUGAUGUACACGGUGGUCACGCCCAUGCUGAACCCCUUCAUCUACAGUCUGAGGAACAAAGACAUAAAGAGGGCUCUGAUGAGAUUCUCUGGGAUUGCAGUUAGGAAAGGAACAAUUGUCCUGGGCUGA